UCCUCUCUCUCUCUUCCCCGCUCCGUCGUCUUCUCUCACUUCACUCUAUCUAAAGUGCAGAGCGAGAGAGAGAGAGAGAGAGAGGGUGGGGAAGAGACGACGUAAGAGGAGUGGUUAGCAGCGGAAGCAGGUGCAUGGACUCGGCGAGCGCAGGCCCAUCCGCGGGGGUGGGGGGGGAGCGGUCGUCAAGUGGCGGCUUAGGAGAUGCGGGGCCGCCGCGGGCGGCGACGACGCCGAGCAGGUACGAGUCGCAGAAGCGGCGGGACUGGAACACCUUCCUGCAGUACCUGCGGAACCACAAGCCGCCGCUGGCGCUGGCGCGCUGCAGCGGGGCUCACGUGAUCGAGUUCCUGCGCUACCUGGACCAGUUCGGGAAGACCAAGGUGCACGCGCCCGGGUGCGCCUUCUACGGGCAUCCCAGCCCGCCGGGGCCCUGCGCCUGCCCCCUGCGCCAGGCCUGGGGCUCCCUCGACGCCCUCAUCGGCCGCCUCCGCGCCGCCUACGAGGAAUCCGGCGGCACCCCCGAGACCAACCCCUUCGCCGCCCGCGCCGUCCGCAUCUACCUCCGCGACGUCCGCGAGAGCCAGGCCAAGGCCCGCGGCAUCCCCUACGAGAAGAAGAAGCGGAAGCGCGCGCCCCCCGCCGCCGGCCAACCCCAUCCGGCAGGGUUCACCUCCUGUCUUCCCCAUGGAUUGUUUGUUUCCAGGAUGGUGUGGAACUCUAAUGUUGCAGUGUAGCGGUUUCUUCGGUACAGAAGCAGACCUUUAACUGUUGUGGGACAGAAGCCAUGAUUAAUAAGCUCAAACAAUUCCCUAAAGCUCAAUAGAUCAAACAUGUCUGCCGUUUGAAGAGGGUCUUCUUAUGCCUACAGGACAUGUCUGGAAGCAAGAUUUGGUUCAGGAGACAUAUGCAUAUGCUUCUUCCAUUUCUCUUCUUUACUUGAUCCUGCACCUGCCAUGAGAUCUACUGAGAUCUUGUAGCAGUAUGUCAUAUGGUAAGCUAUACUUAUAUAAACUUGAUUGGAGUGGUUGGAAGUUCAUCAUAGACAA